GUUUUUUUUCUUCGGUUUGUAACUGUAUGAGUUUCUCCUGAUAUUUCACCUUUGUUACACAUAUUUUAUGUGAUAUAUCAGGAGUUUGAUCGCCGACAAUUGUCACAAAACAGAACGAAGUGUUACACGGCUAUAAAAUUUUAGUAAAUUCACCAUGUCCAAACCCGUGACUAGUGGUUCGUGUAUUUCACUCAAAACUGCUGUCGGUAUGCCCGUCUGUGCGACUAUCGAACAUUCAAAACCUGCUUCCAAACCCAUAAGCAGACUUAUGCGAACACUUAGUGCCCCUUCUUCUGUCAGUUCACGAAAAUUCAAAUGCAGAGAUAUGCCUGCAGCCGGUUCCAAAUCAAAUAGAGAUGUAUCAAAACUAGGUGACCUUUCAGAGAGUACCAGCAAUAUUGACAAAGUUUUGAACGACGAAUUUGAGUUUGACACAUGGCAAUCGCAUCUGGGACGAGGUGCUAUUGAGAGCUGCACCACAAUAUUGCCAAUACUAGAAGACUGUGAACGAACCUCAGAUAAAGAACUGGGACAGGAGUUAAAGGAGUGCGAUCGAGUCCCAGAGAACAAUCUGAGAAGAAUGUCAGCUCCCAAUCUUAUCCGAUUUGUCAGAAAAUCUCUCAGAAAGACUUUCCACAGUAAUUAUCAUGAAGUUGGUCACACAACUCUUUGUGAAGGAGAAGAAACGACGUUCAAACACUUCAAACCUAUACAUCCAAAGCGCCAGAACGUGUUAUCUACCACUGCGUGUGGCGUUGAGGAACAGCAGCCGGGGUUGCUAGAGUUACUGACCUCAACGGACUACCGAGGCAAUUUGCUGCGACAGCGGCUACUCAAGUACUCGCGGGAACAAUACUGCGAAGAGAAUUUGUUAUUUUUGCAAGAUUUUCUCAACCUGAGUGAGGCAAGUAUUAACGGUGAUGUCAGUUCCAAAAGUCAACAUUUGCUAGAUACCUAUAUAAAGGAUGCCGCCAUUUCGCAGAUCAAUAUUUCCGGCUCGAUGCGGCAGGCAGCAAUCACAUCAGCCGAAAAGGGCGAAGUUUCAGCGCUCAGUGAAUCGCUAGCACAAAUAGCCCAACAAACCACAAGGAACUUCAGCAUUGGAGUGUACAAGCCAUUUUUGAACAGCUUAAAUUACAGAUCGAGCCUUUAUCAUAUUGAGAAUUAAUUAUCCGCACCCGACAUUUUAAGAUUCCCUAUAUGUCCAAAAAAU